AUGUCCCUCCUGCAGUGUCCCCGGCAAUGUCCUCCGGCCGAUGCCGGCAUCUGUCUUCCGGGUUCCGUUCCCUGAGACGUCGGCACGUACAGGGACGGAACGGCGGGAAAUUUAAAAAUGUGAAAAAUAAAACAUUACUGUAUCAAACCAUUUCACAUACAUUUUGUCCCUACUGCUUUGUCCUGUGCCCUGCCUGCAUUUUUACCGUUCUUUCUGCCUAGAAACUGAGAAAUGUCCAUGGCGUCCAAAAAGCGUCCCUUUAGGUCAAAAGCGGUUUUAGACCAGCUAGAGAACAGCGAUAGUAAAUCAGAACUACUUGCAGAAUUGA